AUGGAGGAGCAAGAGCGACCCCGGAAAUUAGCAAAACUGGACCACGACGAAGAUACCACCCACGAGGUGCUCGGCCCUGCCAUGACUGGAGCUGGUGAUGUUGCCGGCAACGAACCGGAGCCCGCGUGCGCUCAGAUUAGCAAUGAACCUCUCGAUAUUCUCGAUGUCUCAGAGUUUACGGUUCAAAAGGAUACAAAACCUACCACUGAAACUACAACUCAAGAUAACGCUGAAGGAGCCCCGCCUGUUAUGUCGAAAAAUCAAAUGAAGAAACUGCGUCGCGCGGCGGCCCUUGAGCAAAAGCGCGCGCUUCAAAAGUCCCAGAAGAAAGAAAAGCUCAUAGAAAAGCGGGAGCGUCGCAAGGCUAUGGUUGAGGAGGCAAGGGAAAAAGGCGGCCAAGAAGCCGUCGACAAGCUACUGGUGUUAUGGCGAGGCAAGAAAGCCAAGCACACCAGGUCAACACUACUACCUUUGACGUUCGUGAUGGAUUGCGGCUACGACGAGCUGAUGUCUGAUAGAGAGCGCAUCUCAUUGGCCGGCCAGCUCACGCGAUCAUACUCCGACAACAGUCGCGCAGUCUACAACGGGCACAUGAUGUUCUCGUCAUUCAACAAAUUACUGAAAGAGCGAUUCGACACCGUGUUGGCGUGCCACAAAAACUGGAAGCGUGUUCGCUUUUUGCAGGAAGACUUUGUGCGUGCUGGUGAGCUGGCUAAAGGACAAAUGACAGCCGCGCGAGGAGGUCAACUCGCUGGCCCGUUCGCCGAACAAACCGAUGCGAAGCCCGAGGACGGGGAGAUCAUCUAUCUCAGCAGUGAUAGUGAGAAUACUUUGACCGAGCUGAAGCCUUACAGCACUUAUAUUGUCGGAGCGCUAGUGGAUAAGAACCGACACAAGGCAGUUUGCUACAACCAGGCCGUUGAAAAGGGAAUCAAAACUGCCAAAUUACCUAUUGGGCAGUACAUUCAAAUGGCCCAUCGUCCGGUACUGGCCACCAACCAUGUCAUUGAGAUCAUGCUUCAAUGGUUGGAGCUUCGUGACUGGGGCAAGGCAUUUAUGAAGGUCAUUCCUACCCGGAAAGGCGGCGCUUUGAAAGCAAACCAGAAUGCAAACCAGAACGAGGGUGAGGGCAACGCUGAGAAUGAUGCUGAAGAUAUGAACGAGGAAGAUAUGGAAGCAGACCAGAUGAAGCAGCUGGAAGAGAUUGCAGCUUUGGAGGAAGGAAGUGAGGACGAAAAUGAAACGAAGGAAUAG